AUUAUUAUUGAACACACAUAUUCUGAAGCACAGUUGCUAUUUAAACACAUAUUCUAAACCCAAUAAUUGAGGGAUUCAGUCUGACUUUUAUUUGUUUGGCAUUCCCCCUUUUGUACUUUUGGCAUUCUUACCUUUUGUCACUGGGUCCUGCAUGCAUCAUGCGCAUUGUUUUUUCAAAGCUUAGCUGUUUUAUUUGGAAUUUUCUUUGAUCUCUACUGGAAAAGGGAAUACUGAUCUUCUUAACCGAAAAACCAACUUCAAACUCUGCCCUCUUCUCUUUCUUGUGUAUGCGAGCUUGAAGGACUGAGUUAUGGCGACAGGGCUAGCUGUGUCCAGUGAAGCUUCAGGGCAGUACAAUGGGAGGAUGACUUGGUUUGUUGUACUUUCAUGUAUGAUGGCUGCCAUGGGAGGAGUCAUCUUUGGCUAUGACAUUGGAAUCUCAGGUAAUCUAUCUAUUAUCUCCCCUUAUAAUAUCAUCUCCAUGAAGCUUUGAUAUGUGGGAAUUCCAAAAUAAACUAUACUAUUAAGGUUCUAAAGGAAAUUAUGUUGUUAAAGGUGGAGUGACAUCCAUGGAGCCGUUUCUGAAGAAAUUCUUCCCAGAGGCGUACACAAAGAUGAAGGAAGAUACCAAGAUCAGCAACUACUGCAAAUUUGAUAACCAACUCUUAACCUUAUUCACAUCUUCCCUAUACUUAGCUGGCCUUGUUGCCAGCUUCUUUGCGUCUUUUGUCACUAAAGCAUUUGGUCGUAAGCCAUCUAUCCUUGCUGGAGGUGCUGCAUUCCUUGCUGGUGCAGCCCUUGGUGGUGCAGCUUUCAAUGUCUAUAUGCUGAUAUUUGGUCGUAUCUUACUUGGUAUUGGGGUUGGAUUUGCAAACCAGGUACUUCAGCUUCAUCAGUAGUUCCCUGCAAAAUUUUAAAUAUUAGG